AGAGCGCCCUCUACAGUCUGCUGCUGUCACUUGCCAUUUGCAUCGCAUCAGUAGCUGUGUUUACUGCUCAUCCGCUGCUGCUGCUGCCAAUGCUGCUGAGCAUUCUGGGUAUGGUGUGUCUGGUGGUGGCAGUGAUGUAUUGGCUGGGAUGGGAGAUGGGUGCAGUUGAAGCCAUCUCUCUCUCCAUAUUGGUGGGCUCUUCGGUGGACUAUUGCCUUCAUCUAGUGGAGGGAUAUUUACUGGCUGGGGACACUGACACCUCAGGACUGGCUAAUCACAGUUCGGAGUCCUCCAUCAAACGGCAGACACGGACCCUUGAAGCAGCCAAUCACGUGGGCGUUGCUAUAGUUUCCAGUGCCGUGACCACGGUGAUUUCAACCAUUCCGCUCUUUUUUUGUGUCAUCGUGCCUUUUGCCAAAUUCGGUCAGAUUGUGGCCAUCAACACGGCCAUCUCCAUCGCCUUCACGCUCACCGUCACGACCGCGCUGCUGGCCACGAUGGGUCCCGGCGACUUCACCCGUCCUCCCAGAGCCGUGCUCAAAGCCGCUCUGGUGGUCCUGGUCGUGGGGGUCUGUGGAGGUGUGCUGUGGUGGACCGGGUCACAGUUCGCUCCGGACACACUGAUCUGAAUCGAGGAACCAGGGGGAUUUCAAGAGAGCGACUGUGAUUAUUUCAGACGACAUGUGUGAACUCUUUGGGAAGCAGGUUUGGGAAAAUGCAGUAUUUAACAUACAGUGGUGGCCAAAAUCAUUUGAACACUAGUAUUCU